AUGGCCACAAGAGACAAGACGUAUAAUACACAGCACAGUGAAAGAAGGUCCUUACGCGUGUCUGAAAUCCCUGUUCCAUCUUUGAAGCAGAUCACACCGUGGCUGGAUGUAUUCCCCACUGAAGGUGUGAAGUUGAGCUGUGGGAUGGACGGCUCCUCUGACUGGACAUACACAUGGUUCAGAGACGGACAGCUGGUCAAGAAAGAUGAAGUUCUGUCUUUUGGCUCCGAUGCAGCUACUCUCUCCAUCAGUUCUGCUUCAGCCUCUCAGCGUGGACAGUACAGCUGCUCGGCACAACUCAAGAGCCGCUCGGUCAGCAGCAACUCCAGCUCUGAGACAACACUGGAGGUUUAUGAUACAAAACCCAGAGUCACACUGAUGCAGAAUCCCAAACACAAUGUGAUGCAUACCGGAGAUGCAGUCACCUUUAGCUGUCACGUUAAUGUGUCUUCUGGAUGGGAGUACCUGUGGCACAAAGAUAACCAUCCUCUCUCUGAAUACAAUCACACCAUAAGCUCUGUUGUGACAACAAACACAUCAUAUCAAUGCCAAGUUAAAAGAGGAACAAAUACAGCCUUCCGCUCAGACCGGAGCCAGGCUGUGGGACUUGAGGUUAAGGAGCGCCCAAAGGCUAAUAUAAUCCUGUUAACUGGCUGGUCGGAAGUCUUCUCCACUGACAGCUUGGUGCUCCAAUGUGAGAUGCCAAAAAGCCAGGACCUAUGGAACUACACAUGGUUCAAAGAGGGACGUCAAAUCAAUCAUCUGAUCUCUGAGAAGCACACAGUCACACCCCAGAAUAACACUGAGCAGAGCCUGUACACCUGCCAGGGAAUUCGCAGUGGUAGACCAUCUUAUUCAAAAUUCAGUGAAUCUUUCACAACCAAGAACCUACUUUUGAAGAGGAGGGUGCUUCUCUCCAUCUCUGGCCUUAUCUUCUUUGGCAUCAUCGCUGUCCUCCUUGGAUGCAUUGUCCUCAGAGUAUUCCGGAAACCAGAUGAUGGUGACGAUAAGCCAGAAGAAACAGAGCUGUUUCUCACCAUGGCUCAGCUUAAGGAGCGUGACGAUGCACCCUGUCCAAUGGUUCAAUACAUCACUGAUGCGGAACUGAAUUCUUCACCUAAGGAAGGGGAAGAGAAUGGAACAGUCUGCAGUGAGACACCAUUACCAAUAACCUCACACGAGGAUCAAGCCGUCACGAUUGAGAGCAGCGGUACAACAGAAAACAAUGGCGGGCUGGUUUCCUUUAAACAAUAACUCAACAUACAACACCGGAUUGAGUACAGAAACCUCCUGCUCACAUACAAAGCCCUCCACAACCUGACACCCACCUAUCUGGCCGAUGGGUGGGGGUCCUUCAGCACAAUAAUGAAUCACGGAUCAAUAUAUUGGCUGGCAUUGCCAUAGAGAUGUGUACACAUUUUUUCUACACAGAAAAUUGUUUGGUUGCACAAUACCAUUAGAAUUGUACAUAUUUUAUUUCACAUCAUUAAACUGUUAAAGGGAAUACAAAAAGAAAUGUAUUAUUUAUGUUAUAAGCAUCAAUCAUAAUGUGUAUGUUUAACUGCUGACAAUUAUUCAAUUCACUGUAAAUAUGUGUUAACUGAAGGAGAAUUAAGUACGUUUUCAAUUCUUAGAGCUAACACCUGUGGCCAGAUGCAUAAUAGACAUGUCAGACAAAUCUUUUCUCAUAAAUUGGUCUUUGUAAAGGAAAAUGUGUGCAAAUUGCUUCAGAUGAGACAUACUCUAUGAACUUAUAGUAAAACCCAAUUUGUUUGCCUAUUUAAAUUAUUGUAUUAUUAUUUCUGCAGCACACACAGCUUUAUGUAGUUGGUUUCAAUGAGAACUUAAAUAAAUCAUUAAAGAUCUUUCUAACGUGGAUGUCAUAGGCAUAAUGUAACUUUGUAUUAAAAAUAGACUGCAUACUAUACUAUGACUUCAUAUGUAUUGAUACAUUAAAGGUAGAUUUAUAUUUCUGACAUAAAUAAUUGUCUGUCUUUGUGUGAACACAUCGGUUAGUCGUGAAUGUAUGCAUCGUAAAUUAGUCUUCUCCAAAGCUUUCAGCAAUGAGUGUUAUUUUUUUCUUAUUUUUAUCUAAAGUGUUCAAUAACAAUGUCAUACAAGCAAUUGUGUCUUCCUAUGUAAUAAUCUAAAUAAAAAAUACAAAAUGUC